AUGAUGAAUAACGUUCGCGACACAGCAUCCAUCAGAAUUGGAGAGGAGGAUUGUUUGGACGCAACUUUUAUAAUACUCCACAAUGUGCUCAAUGCCGGAAUGUACGCAAGUCCUUGUGUUGCGAUUGCUAGCAUUCGGUCCUUCCUCGCAAGACGUUCCGAGGAAGAGAGGCGAAAACUUGUACUGGAGGAUUUCAAUCACAAUAUUGCUGAAACAGGAAACCCCCGUUUCAAGGAAAUGAUAUAG